CCUCGCCGGGGGCGGCCGGCACCGCGCGGGAGCCGGAGCCAGCCUCUCCGCCAGCACCGCGGCGGGGUCGCCGCCACCCACGCGCUGAUGGAGAAGCCGAAAGAUGGAGAAGCUUAAUCAAGCUUAGCAAGAUUAAGUAGCUUGCCAAAGGCCACAGUUAAUAAGAGGAUGGCUGUUCCAUAAGAUCAAGACUGAGUCCCCUCCCUUCUCCCACUUUACCAAUGCCUGGUCUCAUGGGGUUAGUUUUGAGCCCAACACUAUGGCAUCAUCAACCUCCUCAGCUCCUCGCUCCCGGUCCAGGAAGCCUCUGGGCAAGAUGGCUGACUGGUUCAGGCAGGCCCUGUCGAAGAAGCCCAAGAAGAUACUGGAAUCCUCAGACGGCCCCUCCAGUGACGUCUCACAGCCGAGCUCUCAGGACCACCCCCCACGCCUGGACCUCAGCUCAACCUCGUCUCCAACACACGUGGUCGCCGGCAGCAGCGGCAGCAGCAGCGGCAGCAGCGGCCGCUGGAGCAAGGACUACGAUGUCUGUGUGUGCCACAGCGAGGAGGACCUGGCAGCCGCCCAGGAGCUGGUCUCCUACCUGGAAGGCAGCACCGCCAGCCUGCGCUGCUUCCUGCAGCUGCGGGAUGCAACCCCAGGCGGCGCCAUCGUGUCCGAGCUGUGCCAGGCACUGAGCAACAGUCACUGCCGCGUGCUGCUCAUCACCCCAGGCUUCCUGCAGGACCCGUGGUGCAAGUACCAGAUGCUGCAGGCCCUGAGUGAGGCUCCCGGGGCGGAGGGCCGCACCAUCCCCCUGAUGUCAGGCCUCGCCAGAGCCGCCUACCCCGCUGAGCUCCGGUUCAUGUACUUCGUGGACGGCCGGGGCCCCGACGGUGGCUUUCGCCAAGUCAAGGAAGCUGUCAUGCGUUGUAAGCUAUUAGGGGUAAGGGAGAAUGGGAAGGUGGCUUCGGCCACAGCAUCUGAUCGACUUCGGCUUUUAGGAGACAGUCACUGUAGCCCAGUAGCUCAAGAUGCAGGCUCUGGAAAAGGCUGGAAGUUAUUCCAAGUCCUCUGUACUUGGGUUUCCCCACUGGUAAAGUGAGGAGAGUAUAUACCUAAAGGAGUAUAUACACUAAACAAGUGGUCAGACUAUGGCCUGACGCAUGUAAAGUACUCAUAACGGGCAGGGCCUAGCACCUGUCAAGUCUUCAAAAAAUAGCCAUUAUCAUUAUAGGUAUUAAUAGUAGUAGGUAUUAAUGGUUUCUCUCUCUGAAGUCGGGUUGGAGAUGUUCCCCCAGACCCAGGAAAAUGCCAGGAGGGCCAGUGGUGCAAAAUAAUAGGAAAGAAUUGUGUAUCUGGGGGUGGGGACUUGCUAUUACGGUGGGUUUGGAAAGUGAAAUAGAUAAAAGGUAGAAGUGGCAGGACCCACAGGUCCCGCAGGAAACAGAUGCUGGGGUCUGGGAAGGGUGACAAGCCCUGCCAUUCUGUUUGGUCUCUUUCAGAUCUGCAGACCAUAAGCUGACACUUCUAUCACCACGGGACCCAGAAAGUUGGAGCAAAGCCGGAAAUCGAGUUAGAGAGCCCAGGGUCUCACAGGGUCUUGCAUUCUGGCAGCUGUGACGAGGUGUAAGGAACCAGUCUGUAGCACUUUGUAUGUGAUCCUGGGCUCAGAUUGCCCAUCAGGCACCCAUUGCCGGGGACUCCCCCACGAAGGCCAUGGGGAAGCUGGGGACUCCCCUCGAGGAAGGCAUGAGGAAACUGGGGACUCCCCAGGAAGGCCAUGGGGAAGCCAGAAAUUGUAGGUGGUGGGAGGUGCUGAUACCACGAUGAUCACCAGUGUUUUGCCUCCGGCCCAACUGGACACAUGAAGCCCCGGCACAUGCCUACAUCUUCCUCUGGAAAGGUCACUUACCUGAUUCAUGGGCUAGAAAGCCUACACCGCAUGCUUCAGAGGGGAUGGUGUCCCCGGUUGCCUGGCAUCAGGAGAAAGCAACAGGUACCGAUCCUUCACACUCACACUACUGCCCUUCUCUUUCCCAGGGACAUUGUUCACUUCAGAAAUCUACACGAAAGAUGCAUUCAGCGCUGUUCUGAAUUUUUAUUGCACGUGUCAUUAAGACACAUCUAGAAACCAUUCUGAAUAGACAGGAGAUGGCAGGGAGCAGCAGGGGUGGAGGCAAGGAGAAGCUCAGACCCUGCACCUGGGUCAGAAGCCCACCCACCGAUGCUCUGACUCAUGGGGGCUUCAUCAAAGGUCUGACUAGAACCCAAGCUUCUACAAGCUUCUUUACGUCUGCACUGAGAGAGAUGAGCUGUCUUCUUCUGGCAGAUGACUGUGGGCCUUGUAGGACAAGGUUUCAUUCACCUGUUCUCAAUAAGUCUGUUGUUGAACCGAAAUGAAUUUCGAAUACAUUCCCCUGAUGUGUACUUUUGUGCCACUUCUCUCACUUCUCCCUACUACGUCCCCUCCUUUUACUGGAAAAAUUCAUAUAUAUAUAUAUAUAUAUAUAUAUAUAUAUAUAUACACACACAUACACACACACACACACACACAUAUAUAUACGCAUAUAUAUAUAUGUGAGAUAUAAUUAAUAUAUUAACAUUAGUUUCAGGUAUAAAACAUGAUUUGACAUUUGUAUAUACUGUGAAAACAUUUUCUAUUUUCAUUAUGCAUUAUUUUAUUACAUACAAAAAGACUAAAGAAUAUAAUGUACACUCCUGUAUAUUCCACUCAGCUUAAGAAGCCCAACCUUACAAUCCCUAUGGUACUCCCUUUGUGCCUUUAAUUACAUUCUCCUCCCUUUUCCCAUCAGAAGCAAUCACCCUUCUGAAUUUUGAAUUCAUCAUUGUUAGCUUUUCACGUAUACAUCCCUGAGAACAUAUUUACUUUUACAUGGUUUUGUACUGUAUUUAGUGGUAUUAUAAUGUUCGUAUUCUACAAAUUCUUUUUUUUUAACCAUGUUAAGAUUUAUCCAUGUGGAUGCAUGUAACUAACACCAGGAACUUCACUAUGGUUCUAUUAUGUAAACAUACCCCGAUUUAGUCA